UCCCAAGGACUUUAAAUGAGACGCUGCAUGAAGCCCUGGUGGCAGUUGCAAGCAGGACACUGGUAAGGGGACUGUCCAGCCAUGCCGACCGUGGACGAUGUCCUGGAGCAGGUUGGGGAGUUCGGCUGGUUCCAGAAGCAAGCCUUCCUGUUGUUGUGUCUGAUCUCCGCUUCCAUCGCUCCUAUCUAUGUGGGCAUCAUCUUCCUGGGGUUCACCCCUGAUCAUUAUUGCCGGAGUCCCGGGGUGGCUGAACUGAGCCAGAGAUGUGGCUGGAGCUUGGAAGAGGAGCUGAACUUCACCGUGCUGAGCCUGGGGUCUGCGAACAAGGCCUCCUUCCUCAGCCAGUGCAUGCAGUAUGAGGAGGACUGGAACCAGAGCACCAUUGACUGUGGGGACCCACUGUUCAACCUGACUACCAACAGGAGCCACCUGCCACUGAUCCCCUGCCAGCAUGGCUGGGUGUACGACACUCCUGGCUCCUCCAUCGUCACCGAGUUUAACCUGGUGUGUGGAGAUGCCUGGAAGGUAGACCUUUUCCAGUCCUGUGUGAACCUGGGCUUUUUCCUCGGCUCCUUGAUUGUGGGUUACUUUGCGGACAGGUUUGGCCGUAAGCUGAGCCUCCUGGCGACCACUCUGGUCACCUCCCUGUCGGGUGUGCUGACAGCUGUGGCCCCAGACUAUACGACCAUGUUGCUCUUUCGCCUGCUGCAGGGCAUGGUCAGCAAGGGCAGCUGGGUGUCUGGCUACACCUUGAUUACAGAGUUUGUGGGCUCCAGCUACAGAAGAACGACGGCUAUCAUGUACCAGGUCGCCUUCACAGUGGGCCUUGUGGGACUUGCUGGGGUGGCCUAUGCCAUUCCGCACUGGCGCUGGCUCCAGCUGGCGGUCUCCUUGCCCAUCAUCUUCUUCUUGCUGUAUUAUUGGUUUGUGCCAGAGUCCCCUCGAUGGCUGUUGUCCCAGAAGAGAACCACCCAAGCCAUAAGGGUUAUGGAGCAAAUUGCUCAGAAGAACGGGAAGUUGCCCCCUGCCGACCUGAAGAUGCUCUGUGCUGAGGAGGAUGUCUCGGAAAAGCAGAGCCCUUCCUUUGUAGACCUGUUUCGCACUCCCAACAUGAGGAAGCACACCUUCAUCCUGAUGUAUCUAUGGUUCUCCUGUGCUGUGCUGUACCAGGGCCUCAUCAUGCACAUGGGAGCCACAGGUGGAAACCUCUACCUAGACUUCCUUUACUCUGCUCUGAUGGAAUUCCCUGCGGCCUUCAUCAUCCUUGUCACCAUUGACCGCGUCGGCCGCAUCUACCCUAUGGCCCUCUCCAAUCUGGUGACGGGGGCAGCCUGCCUCAUCAUGAUCUUCAUCCCACAUGAGCUGCAUUGGUUGACUACCGCCCUGGCUUGUCUGGGCCGUAUGGGAGCCACCAUUGUGCUGCAGAUGGUCUGCCUGGUGAAUGCUGAGCUGUACCCUACCUUUGUCAGGAAUCUUGCAAUGAUGGUAUGCUCUGCCCUGUGUGACCUGGGUGGGAUCUUCACCCCCUUCAUGGUGUUCAGGCUGAUGGAAGUUUGGCAAGCCUUGCCCCUCAUUUUGUUUGGGGUUUUGGGCCUGACUGCCGGGGCCAUGACAUUUCUUCUUCCAGAGACCAAGGGUGUGACUUUGCCUGAGACUAUCGAAGAAGCAGAGAACCUACGGAAGGGGAAAUCAAAGGCCAAAGAAAACAAGAUUUAUCUUCAGGUCCAAACAGGCAAACCUCCAGAAAUCUGACAGAGACCCUGUGCCAGGAUCUGAGUGGCAGAGAGAAAAGGGGUCUCGCCACUUGGAGAACUCCCAGAAGCCUUUGCCUUCCCAUACUCUUCUAUGUCGCCAGCUUCCAAUGAAUACCAACCCUAAAGGGUCUUCUGAAA